CCAAUUUCACUUUACAACCUGCUUUAUUGUGACAAAUAAAUCUACCUUUUACCUUCUGUUAACACUUCUUUAGGCUAACUUUACCUACUUUGAAUGCAGUAUUAAUGAAUGUACUUCAGUAACAGUAUGUUUCUUUGUUUUUCUAGUUUUUUGUCUGUGGCAUUAAUAUUGUUAUGUUCUAUAGACUCAGCCAUACUGUGUUUUUGAGGCCAGAACUGAUUAAUAUUGGGGUUAAUAAUAUUGGCCAACCGUACAUUUUGAGCAGUGAAAAGACGCAGACUGAGCAGGACGCCUGGAUUAAUAUUAGUGAAGCUCAGUUAGAAUGUGAGUUCAUCACAGAAAGAACUGCCGACAUGAAGACCUUUAAACUUUUUAUUUUUUCCUCCAGAUUGAUGAAAUAAAGUAUUAUAGAUGUUAGUCGACUUGAAGGAUCCUGCAAACAGAGUUGUAGGUGAAACUCUCGCAUGUCGAUAAUCCUGUGUGUUCAGAGGCGGUUCAGCCUCUGCCAGAGUUCAUCGACCCUGAAGACCAGCAGACCUUCAGAGGAUCAGAUCCACAUCACAGGAGCAAACCUGAGGAACAGCUGCAGAGAAGAACGUCCAGCAGUCACCUUAAAAAACUUCAAAUUCGAAGCCCCGAAGGUGUUCCAGGUGUGCGUGGGGACAUUGAGCAGCAUGGCGGUUUGCCUGCAGGUUGUGGGUCUGCUUCUGGGCGUGGUGUCCUGGUGUCUGCAGUCCAGCUGUACCUCCUCUCAGGCGUGGAAGGUGAGCAGUCAAGCGGCGGCGAUCAGCACCAGUCAGUGGCUGUUUGAAGGUCUGUGGAUGAGCUGUGCUACCAACUCGAUGGGGUCCCUCCAGUGCAGCAAGUUCAAGACGGUGCUGGGACUACCAGCUUACCUGCAUGCCUGCAGGGCUCUGAUGAUCCUGUCCCUGCUGGUUGGCCUGGCCUCCAUCAUCGCUUCUGUGCUGGGACUCAAGUGCACCAAGAUCGGCAGAACCUCAGAGUACGUCAAAGACCAGAUCGCCCUGACUGGAGGAAUCCUGUUCAUCCUGUCUGGUGUCUUCACGCUGAUCGCAGUCUCCUGGUACACUGCCAGAGUAAUCCAGGAGUUCAACAACCUGCAGUAUGGAGGAGUCAGGUUCGAGCUGGGUAAAGGUCUGUAUCUGGGCUGGGCGGCCUCCUGUCUGGCCAUACUGGGAGGAUCUAUGCUCUGCUGCUCCUACAGGAAGAAUAUUCCCACCAACCCUGCACGGCAGUUUUCUUACAACUUCUCCACAACGAGCCGAGGACCGAACAUCUACAGAGCAGCUCCGGCGCCCGACGGCAGCAGCUCCAAAGCUUAUGUCUAAACCUCCCCAGCACUGCUGCUUCCUGUCUGAUCUACUGCUGCAGGACGGACACUGACAGCCGAGCACAGCAGCAUCACAAGCUAAUUCUUAUAACUUUUUUUCUUGACGCAAAAUUAAAUGUGUGUUUUUUAACUAAAGGAAUUUUAUUGCGAAGAUUUAUUUAAUUUAUGCCAAAGUCUUUGUGAACUUUCCAAACCUUCCUGCCUGCUUUAACUGAGGAUUAUCUGUUUGUGAACUGUUUUAUUUUAACAUGUUGUAAAUAAAUGUUUCCCAAAUCUG